GCGGGUCGGCUGGGCCGCGGCAGCACGUGUCCAGGGGACUGGGCUCCCCUUCCCUGGCCGGCUCAGAGGGACCAGGAGGGUGGCUGGGCACAAGAGGAGGAGCCCCGCUGGGCGCACAAGUUUCCCUGCCGCUGCGCGUGGCCGUGCUGAGGGGCGCACCUGUCAGCGGGAGAGACGCUGCACACCAGCAGCCCCUCAAAGUUUCGGAGGCUGGAUGCAGAAGCGUGCGUCCUUGGCUGGGGGUUCUCCUUGCGUCGUCCCAGGAGCUGGACUUGAGAGCGCCCCCAACCUUGUGCCCUUGAAAGCCGAGUGCGUGUUAGUUUGCCUGGGCUGGGCUCCCGUGGAGGAGCUAAGGGCAUGAGGAGGAGGCGGUCCAGGCUGUAGGAUCACCCCGGGCCUUUGCCGGCUUGGGGUGACACAGCCCCCCGCCCUCGGUCUAGACAGGAGGACCUUAACCACAGCCUGCACCAGCGCCUGACUGCACGUGGGGUAUCCGGCUGCGGGACAUUUUGGGGGCCUCUAUUUGGGGGUGGGGGGAGUAACCGGGGUAAUGCCUCUGAUUCCUGCGGGGGAGGGGUCCCACCUAGGGAAGGAGAGGGCCGGCGACAUCGGAGAUGCGCCUUUGUCUACAGGCACACUUUGCCAAGGUAGCUGGUGUUCUGGAAGAAGAGUAGGGCCUGGUCCGACUGGGAUUCCUUGGGUUUUCGGUUCCUUCCUGGUUGGGUCUUGGGAAACGGGCACGUGGGUGUGGCCGGUGCCGCCUUUGCCAAGAGGCCAGGCUCGAGUGGGGACGAGAAGCGUGGCGAGUUCGUUCGCGGCUGCUUUGACCUGGUGGGCGCCGCCUUCGGCACUGCACCGAGGCGGGGCGCCAGCGCCCAGGUUGCCAGGCUGGCCUUGGCGCCCUCUUCCCCUGCCCAGAGCGCAGGCAGGCAGGGGGCCGCCGCACCCCUUCAGCAUGUAAGCUCUGGAGGGGAAUAGGGGUGCUCCUGGGCUGCGGAUGCAGGCCUGGGGACUCCUGGGCCACAGACGCGAGCAGAAGGGUGGGAACAGGGAGGGCUGAGAGUCCUGCAAGGGAAGCACCCGGCGGGCCCUCAGGACGGUGGGGCAAGCGCCCAGAUGCCGCGCUUCCCGGAGAGGCAAGGCUGCCAACAGCUCUUUCCUGGCCAAAGAUGCUGGAAGGCUGCUGGUGCCCGAGUCUCAGGUAGACUUAGGCAGUGACUAUGUGUUCCUCGUCCUUCCUAUGUGAGAGGCGUCCCGACAGGAAAGUGUGUUUUGGGGGCUCCAGACCUAGAGUUGGAGCAAGCUUGGAAGUGAGGCAUCAUGUCUGUAGAACUGAGUGAACAUGGGGUUCUCUAGAUCAGGCAGGUGGCAGAGAGGGGAUGGGGUGGGUCAGAAUGGGAGGGUGGGCAGCUAUCCUUGUCACCUCUUCUUUCCCCUCCCUCACAUCCCUCUCCCCACCUGCUCUGGAGGAAACCACAGUCAGCCUCAUCACUAGGGUAGCUCAUCAGGGUCGUGUUUCCAUUUUUUGGGAAAUGGCUUACCUGAGACAUGAAGGAAGAAACCAGUAGAACUACCAUUGUGCUAUGGGGAGACCAAGUCUCAGAGAACUGGGGCAAGGUCAGACAGCCAGGAAGCACAAGCACUGUCUUAAACCCAAUUCUCUCGUGCCAUGUCCUGGGCUCUUAUAAAAUAAAGCUGUUUGCAACAGGGCAGAUGUUAGGGGCCCUGACUUAGUUGAAGAUGGAAGCUGGGCAUUGUUUCCAGGAGUGGCUGGGCAAAGGGACAAGUACAGAGAUGCAUGCUGCACGGGCACUAGGACCAAGCGGAUGGGGCGCCCAGGCAGCCACCGUGGAGGCUGCUGCAGUGGUGGCUGCUGCUCCCUGUGCGCUCUUUAACGCUGGGCUCCAGGAGGCUGUCCACUCCCCAGCUCGCAUUUCCUGCUCUGCUUCUCCCACUGCUUUCCCUUUCUUUCCUGCCUCGCAAGUAGAAGGUGAGAAAGCAGAGGACACAGGGAAAGUUUCUCUCUCUGACUAAUACUGUCUUGAGAAAGGGAGGCUCCUGCUUCCCCCACCCCCCAACCCCAUGCCCCUUUGUUUGCUCUUUCUUUUCCUCCUGCACUUUCUUCCUGAGUCUUAUUGGUGGCCGUGCUUUACCGGUGAAUAUCCUCUCCAGGAGUGGGUGCAGGGCCGGAGAAGCUCUUAGGCCACUGGCUGCCUCGCUGGCCCUCAGGUGCCCAGAGUGCCUCAAGCUUAACCCCCUGAAGCUUACCUCUUCAGCACUUUGGGCCAGGUAGAGCCCACUUCUGCCACCCACCAGCCGGGUAUCACGUAACCCUUUGAGCCCUGGCUUAUCAGACAAUAAUCAGUGCUACUCUAAGGGCUUUGUAUGUGUCACCCAUUUAACCCUCAAAGAUGCUGUGAGGUUAGUCCUGCAACCCACAUUUUACAGUUGGCGUGACUAAGGAGGCACAGACAGCAAGUGGCAGAGCUGGGAUCUGAACUCCAGUAGUCCGGAUCCUGAGUCUACCAAGUCUUAGUCAUGCUUAAUGCCGGUGCAGCUGACGAUAGCCCUGCGUGUGGUGGGCACUAGCCUGUUUGCCCUGGCAGUGCUAGGUGGCAUCCUGGCAGCCUAUGUGACAGGCUACCAGUUCAUCCACACGGAAAAGCACUACCUGUCCUUCGGCCUGUACGGUGCCAUCCUGGGCCUGCACCUGCUCAUUCAGAGCCUGUUCGCCUUCCUGGAGCACCGGCGCAUGCGGCGGGCUGGCCAGGCCCUGAAGCUGCCCUCCCCACGGCGGGGCUCGGUGGCACUGUGCAUUGCCGCAUACCAGGAGGACCCUGACUACCUGCGCAAGUGCCUGCGCUCAGCCCAGCGCAUCUCCUUCCCUGACCUCAAGGUGGUCAUGGUGGUGGAUGGCAACCGCCAGGAGGACGCCUACAUGCUGGACAUCUUCCAUGAGGUGCUGGGUGGCACUGAGCAGGCCGGCUUCUUUGUGUGGCGCAGCAACUACCAUGAGGCGGGCGAGGGUGAGACGGAGGCCAGCCUGCGGGAGGGCAUGGACCGCGUGCGGGACGUGGUACGGGCCAGCACCUUCUCGUGCAUCAUGCAGAAGUGGGGAGGCAAGCGCGAGGUCAUGUACACGGCAUUCAAGGCCCUCGGCGAUUCGGUGGACUACAUCCAGGUGUGCGACUCUGACACCGUGCUGGAUCCAGCCUGCACCAUCGAGAUGCUUCGAGUCCUGGAGGAGGAUCCCCAAGUAGGGGGAGUCGGGGGAGAUGUCCAAAUCCUGAACAAGUACGACUCGUGGAUUUCCUUCCUGAGCAGCGUGCGGUACUGGAUGGCCUUCAACGUAGAGCGGGCCUGCCAGUCCUACUUUGGUUGCGUGCAGUGUAUUAGUGGGCCCUUGGGCAUGUACCGCAACAGUCUCCUCCAGCAGUUCCUGGAGGACUGGUACCAUCAGAAGUUCCUAGGCAGCAAGUGCAGCUUCGGGGAUGACCGGCACCUCACCAACCGAGUCCUGAGCCUUGGCUACCGAACUAAGUAUACCGCACGCUCCAAAUGCCUCACAGAGACCCCCACUAAGUACCUCCGGUGGCUCAACCAGCAAACCCGCUGGAGCAAGUCUUACUUUCGGGAGUGGCUCUACAACUCUCUGUGGUUCCAUAAGCAUCACCUCUGGAUGACCUACGAGUCAGUGGUCACGGGUUUCUUCCCCUUCUUCCUCAUUGCCACUGUCAUACAGCUUUUCUACCGUGGCCGCAUCUGGAACAUUCUCCUCUUCCUGCUGACAGUGCAGCUGGUAGGCAUCAUCAAGGCCACCUACGCCUGCUUCCUUCGGGGCAAUGCAGAGAUGAUCUUUAUGUCCCUCUACUCCCUCCUCUAUAUGUCCAGCCUCCUGCCAGCCAAGAUCUUUGCCAUUGCUACCAUCAACAAGUCUGGCUGGGGCACUUCUGGCCGAAAAACCAUUGUGGUGAACUUCAUUGGCCUCAUCCCUGUGUCCAUCUGGGUGGCAGUUCUCCUGGGAGGGCUGGCCUAUACAGCUUAUUGCCAGGACCUGUUCAGUGAGACGGAGCUAGCCUUUCUUGUCUCUGGAGCCAUCCUGUAUGGCUGCUACUGGGUGGCCCUCCUCAUGCUGUAUCUGGCCAUCAUUGCCCGGCGGUGUGGGAAGAAGCCAGAGCAAUAUGGCUUGGCUUUUGCUGAGGUGUGACAUGACCCCCAAGCAGAGCGGGUAAAGUGCAAUGGGUAAGGGAGGGAAGGGGAACAGAAGAAGAAAAGAUGGGGUGGGAGGGAGGAGGGAGUGCUGUGUUUUCGUCUCUUAAUGGUCCAAAGGACAAAUCUAAAAUGCAAAGAAUGGUGACGUAGUGUGGCCUGGAAGCUCUGCUUAGAGGAGGCAGCACUGAUCCCCAGGUGCAGGGCAGGAGCGGCUUCUGCGUUUCCAGGCUGCCUGUCUGCUUGCAUCUACACAUAGGCAGUAGCCUCCCCCUGGGCUCCAGAGGGCACUCAGAAGUGUGCUAAGCCAAGUAAGUCCCAUUUAGUGGCAGCUUGUGAUAGGUACCUGAGUAAUGGCAACCUGUGGAAAGAGGUUCUCCCAGCCCAUCUGAACACAACCAGAGGUGGCAGGAGAACUUCUACUCAGCGAGCUGGGCUGGUUAGUGUAUGUUACCCCCACCCCACCCCUAAGUAGUCAUCAAUGCAAUAAGAUUGCGCCUGAGAUACAAGGCCCAGAAGCCUGAUCUUUGGGCAUCAGAAAACAGGGUCCAGGACUGGUGCUUUAUGUGAGAUACUCCACUCCACAUCAACAUUCCAGGGAUGAGCCAAACCAGCAGGGAGUUAGCACUGAACUGCUUUUAAAAGUGUACACUGAAAAGGAAAGCUUGCCAGGAGGAACAAAGAUUGUGGUGGUGCUAAAGGAGGCCAUAAGCUAUAUGGAGGCCUUGGGUGUUCCACCUGGAAAUUGCUCAGACGUCUAGAUGGGCUCUUAGCUUGUCUGUGAUCUCUGCUGGGGAGAUAAAAAGAUUAAGCCCCAACAUGUUCAGAAAAAAAAGUGAAGUCUUGGUAUUUUAACCUGUACACUCUGAAUUCCUCUCAAAUUCAGCUCUGAUCUGAGGCUAAGACACUCACUUCACUUUCUUCUUCAAAGGCAGUUUUUGAGGUAUAACAGCAGUCACCUCUUCUACUGUCAUCAUGGGUAAGUUUUUCAAGGUAGCAACUGGAGCAGAGCCCAGGCUCUUACAGAAUCUACACAGGAGGCAGGCCUGUUCUCGGAACAUAUGGGAACUAUGAGGAGCCUCUGAUCAAAUUGGCUACAAUCUUGUAGCUGCUUGGACAGAUUCCUUGGCAGUUGGGUUAGCAUGUGUGACGUUCAGGCUACUGUUCUUGACAAUCAUCUCCAAUGGAAAGCUUUUCAGUGUUCCCAAAGUGAACUCUCAAAUCCAAAAUGGUUAUCUUGAAGACCAUCCAUUCUCAGUGGCUUCUCCAGGAAAUUCUUACAGCCAAGUUGUGACAGUCACUGCAUUGCUUGCUUCUUUCCAGAAACCAAACUAGGAGAUGGAACUGGUUCCUGCAUCCUAAGGUUCUUGCUUUCUCUCUUCUGUGGCUGUUUUCCCUCUGCUGCUUUUGGGGAAUGAGGGGAAGCCAUAUUCCAGUGACUUGCAAUUCCAUGCUGUUCUCAGCUUUUGAGUUUAAAACCUGGGAUCCUAAGCCUUUGACUUAGAGGUUGCUUGCUUGCCCUCCAAAUGUCGUUUCUGAGGGGCCAGCUAGCCCGUGCAGAACCAGCACUAACGUGGACAGCAGCAGAGAGGGCAAGCUUCUAGUGUACCGAGGUGCUUCCUACAAAGACGCAAAGUGUGCUCUGAGCCACAGAUGAGCAAACUCUGGUGCUUUCCUUCAUCUCCCAUGAACUCAAGCGUUUUCCAGGUGUAGCCAACAGCUGCCACAUCACACAGACUUUGAGUUUCUGCUAAGACUGGUGGUUGACAUAGGACCCAACCCAUGAAAGCUGGAAGGCAGCAUGCAUUUGCUAAGGCAGCUGCUCCAGGCAAUCGUUCUGCUGGCCAAGAAGUAAACUAUUUUGAGCAUUAGAAUGGAGGAAAUCCGGUCAACCAAGUGCAGAGUUCAGACUUCACUAAGGGCUUGUUUUUCUUCAGCAUUUACUUGAAGAUUAAUGUAGGAUGACAGGCUCUCCUGGCUGUCCUACCGUCAGCUCUGUCUUGCACUGUGGUCAUCAACUUUCCUCAAAUCAAAAAUAGGCAGGUACAGGUAGUGGGCUAACAACAUUUGACCUCGACUGGUUUUUCUAAGUUAUUUUGUGUAUUUUUCAGCAGCAAAACCAAACUGGGUCUUCAGCUUUAUUCCCGUUUCUGGCAAGGGAAGAGCCUUUAUACAAUUGGACGCAUUUUGGUUUUUCCUCACUGAGAAUUCUAAUCCUGUUUUGUAUUGUUUUUACAGUAAUUUGUAAACAUAUUUAUUUUUACCUGCUUUUUUUUUUUUUUUUUUUAAACUUUUCAGGUCAAGUUUUUUAUACUGCACUUACUUGUCAAAAUAAAGAUUCUCACAUAUGCUGGUUA